AUGAGACUCCCUCAGUCGCUGUUUCUGCUGGCUGCGGCCGGGUCCACGGCCCGGGCCAGCAGCGAUAAGACUCGUCCUCGGGGCGUUGCUCCUGAAUUUGCCAAGUUCUACCAGGACACGGAGACUUUUACUUGUAUCUCGAAUCCCGCUAUUAAGAUCCCCUUCUCGGCCGUUAAUGAUGACUUCUGCGAUUGCCCGGAUGGAAGUGACGAGCCUGGCACCGCUGCCUGCGCGCACCUCUCGCGCAAUUCCCCGCUGACCGUUGCGGAGCGUCCAGGAAACGAUGGAAUGGAUCUUGUUCUCGCGCUGCCUGGGUUCUACUGCAAGAACAAGGGCCAUAAGCCAUCAUACGUGCCUUUCCACCGUGUCAACGACGGAAUCUGUGAUUACGAGCAGUGCUGUGAUGGCAGUGACGAGUGGGCGCGCGUUGGCGGAACCAAGUGUGAGGACCGUUGCAAGGAGAUUGGCAAGCAGUGGCGGAAGAAGGAAGAGCAGCGUCAGAAAUCCAUGACUGCUGCCCUGAGGAAGAAGAAGAACCUUCUUGUGGAUGCCGGGCGGCAGCAGAAGGAGGUUGAAGACCACAUUAUUCGUCUGGAGGCGGAAAUUCAGGGCGCUGAGGCUAAGGUCCAGGGUCUCGAGUCUAGCCUUAAGACUGUCGAGGAGCAGGAGCGCAAGGUCGUUCGGACUAGUGGCAAGGGCAAGGUCAAUGCCCUCGCCGGAGUUGCUAAGAACCGGGUCAACGAGCUGCGCGAUGCGCUGGUGGCGGUCCGCCAGCAGAGAGACGAGACUCGCUCCCGAUUGAAGGAGCUUGAGGAGGUUCUCUCCAACUUCAAGGUUGAAUACAACCCAAACUUCAACGAUGAGGGUGUUAAGCGCGCUGUGCGCAGCUGGGAAGAUUACGCCGCUCGAGGACUGGGCGAAGAAUUCAACGGUGCUCGGGACCGUGAUCUGGAUGAGAUCGCCAAGGCCGAUGACGAGAACUCUGGUGUCGACUGGGAGCACUGGGAGAAGGAGGAAGAUGGAUGCGCUGAUUCCGACUUGAUCUACAAGGUCGCAGCUUACCUCCCGCCAUCCCUCGUCACCUUCCUUGAAGACAAGAUCCUCUCCGUCCGGUCUAUCCUUGAGAUUGGUGGGAUUCUGACCAAGUCCGAGGAAGACUCAACCUCCGAGUCCAAGGCCGUGACUGAGGCGCGUGAUGCUCUGAAAUCCGGCGAGAGCGAGUUGAAAGACUUGAAGAACAAGCUCCGUGAUCAGACAGCCGAUCUCGAAAAGGACUACGGCCACGGAGGCAUAUUCCGUGCCCUCAAGGGCCAGUGCAUUUCCCAAGAUGCAGGCGAGUACACCUACGAGCAUUGUUUCCUGGAAAGCACCAAGCAGAACCAGCGCAAGGGUGGUAGCUCCAUGUCGAUGGGCAAGUUCGUCCGAAUCGGAUCCACGACCGUCGAGGAAACCAAUGAGGCCGGCGAAGUUGUUACCGUCGAGAAGGUCGCCCUCGAGUAUGAGCGCGGUCAGAAUUGCUGGAACGGCCCUAACCGGUCGACUAAGGUUGUUCUGGAGUGCGGAGAAGAGAACGAGAUCUUGAAGACUGCUGAGGAUGAGAAAUGUGUUUAUUCCAUGCUUGUGACUACCCCGGCUGUUUGUGAUAGUGGCGAGGAUGACAACGUCGCACCCCGCUCGAAGGAUGAGCUGUGA